CUACCUAGUGCCAUGAGUUUGAUGUAUUACAGGUGAAGAAAACACGAAAAAGAAGUUGCACCGGCAAACAAUGCUCUAAUGCUGGGCUUAAAGCCCAGCUGGAUGGCAAUUAAUUGAGAAUUGGCCCAAGUGAAUUUUGGGGCCGGACACAAUUUCUGGAGGGGAAUUAAUUGGCCCAAGGGGGACUAUUUUGGACGCAAGAUUUUUGGGCCAAGGGUUUUUGCCAAUUUCUGGGAGGAAACGAAAUUCUCUGGUGGCAGGGGAAAUUUGGGGAGAAUAAAAGGCAGGAGGGAUUUUUACCAAAAAAGGGGCUCGGAAUUAGAGAGAGGCAUAGAAGGCGGCUUGUUGGGUUGUGCGAGGCGGAAUUUGAUUCUUGGAGGGGAGCAGAAUUUUUGGGCGGAAUUCUUGGCAGAAGAAAAGAGAGAAAGCGGCGCAGCAAGGCAGGAGAAAAACAACAGGCGACCAGUCGAUUUUCAAUCGGCAAUUGAGAUUUCCAAGGCUACUUGAGCUGAGUUCAACGAGAGCGAUUAGUUGGUUGGAUUUUCUGAACCUAAUUAGUUGUUUCUUGUUGUUUUAGAACAUGAUGAACAAAACCCUAUCGAUUUAUCUCAAUUUCAUCAUGAACUAAACCCCGAUUUCUGGGGGAAACACCAUAGGAUGUAGCUAUUUCUUGACUUGAUGGAUUGAUUCGUAUUUCUUUUCUUCCAAUCUCUAUUGCAUGAAAUUACUUAAUGCUUUGUGUUGACUGGCCACCAAUACAAUGAUUUGUAGUUAAUUAGGUUAUUAGCGACAGUGAAACCCUAAAAACUGAACCUAUUUCAUGUGACAUAGUAACUUAUCGAAGCGACAGUGGAUUAAAUAAGGUGCUAUGCGGUCUUAAAUAGGAUAUCGAUCUUCAGGCUAAAUAGUUAAUUCAUUGAGCUACGACAGUAGGAUUUGAAUUGAUUAUUUAGUACGUAGUAAUUCCCGACAGGGAUAGCUAGCACAUUCGUGAUAUCCUAGCUGUAGAGAUAUGGAUUAAAUUGAUUGGAAUAUGUGAAUUAAUCUGGAUAGGAUAGGUAGUGAAUCCCGGUGUUUCUCCCAGAGCUUUCUCCAUUGAAUUUCUCCCGACAGUUUUCAUUUAGUUAAUUUGUUUAUUUUAUUUUGCUUUUAGAAACUAGUCUCAUUAAACUAUUUUCACUUAUAGUUUGCUCAUAAAUUUGAUAGAAUAUAAGGUUGUACCAGUCCCUGAGAGACGAUACCCGGACUUUCCGGUUUACUACGAGAUAGGAAUUUAAGCAGUACGCUUUUGCCCUAUCAAGUUUUUUGGCGCCGUUGCCGGGGACUGCCAUAUCUUAUUUUUAUUGAUUUUUGUGAGUGAACUAUUUUGAUCUGGGUGUUAGUGUGCAGAAGAAUUUUCAGGUUUAUCCUCCUCGUGCAUGCCUAGGAGGACGACCGGCGAUUUACUGCCAUUAGAUCCCGAUAUCGAGAAGACCUACCGACAGAACAGGAAGCAGGUCAAGUUAGGGAAGCAGCCUACCACAUCCACAACUCCUAGGCCUUCCCUAACUCAGAUUCGUCAACAUAGAGGGUAGGCUUCAUCACCUGUCAUCCCUACACCACCGCCGCGCGUCAUCGAGCCUGUCAUCAUGGCUGAACAGGAUCGUUCGAUCAGGGCUCGUCUGAAUCGGAGGACUGGAGCCCGAGCUUCAUGUGUUGUCAUUCCGGCUGGGGAUGCAAACAUGGAGAUUACCCCAGCCUUCAUCAAUAUGAUCACGAAUGGGUACACCUUCUCAGGGGCCAGCACCGAGGAUCCUCAUGAACAUCUCUGCCGGUUUGCAAACAUUUGUGACACUAUGAAGAGCCCGGCUGUGUCUGAUGAUGCCAUCCGUCUUCGGAUGUUCUCAUUUUCUCUGCUAGGGAAUGCAUCACACUGGUUCCAGAACUUGACACCCCGUUCCAUCACAACAUGGGGUCAGCUUGAGAAGGUAUUUCUGGAUAAAUACUUCCCACCUGCCUUGGCAAUGAAGAGGCAAGAAGAGAUUGUUACUUUUAAGCAGGCUGAUGAUGAGAGUCUGACUGAGGCAUGGGAGCGCUACAAGGGGCUGUUGAUGAGAUGCCCAAGCCAUGGUCUUGAAGAUUGGAACGCGAUCAUUAUUUUCUUCAAUGGAAUCAGAAGGGAGUUCCGAGAUGCUCUGAAUAAUGCUUCCCGGAAUGGUUUCACAAGCAUGGAGGCACCAGCAACAUAUGAUCUGGUAGAGAAGAUCUGUUCAGAAGCUAGUGAAUGGGGUAGUGAGACCAGUAUCCGAAGAAGAGGAGGCUUGCAUGAGAUAAACAGAGUUGCGAGUCUAGAAGCCAAGAUAGAUGCCAAGCUGGAUUCUAAGUUCGAUGCACUCGAACGAAGAUUGGCCAAGAUUGCUCUGGGUAGACAAGAGGAAGUUGCUUCAUGUGAACUUUGCGAAGGUCCUCAUCAUAGGGAUAUGUGUCCACUGGGAGCUGCUCAGUUGGAAGAUGUCCAAUAUAUCCCACCUCCAGGUUUUCAGCAGCAGCAGCCUCAACCAGAGAAGAAGCCCCAGCUGGAGGAGUUGAUUUUGGCUCAUAUACAAAAGACAGACAAUAAUUUCAAGGGUCUUGAUCAAUUUGUCACUCAACAGCUAGCCAUCAACAAUAAUAUGCAAUCAUCUAUGCUAGCUAUGGAGAGGCAGAUGGGACAGAUGGCUCAAACUUUGGCAGAUAUGCAAGCCAGGAUUCCUGGGACAUUACCAGCAAAUACUGAGAGGAAUCCGAAGGAUGCCAUGGUUGUAGCAGUGACAUUGAGGUGUGGAAAGGCCUUGGAAGACCCUAGCAGCUCGAAAAAGGCACCAGAGGCAGAAGAGGAAGCACCGGGAGAAAGAUCUUGUGCAGAAAAUGAAGAAUCAGCCUUGCACAGGCAAAAUGAAAGCAGUUUGCCUGUGCAAAAGCAUGCUGCCCGUGUACCUCAAAAAGUGGAAAAAUUGAAGAAUGAAGAGGUAAAGCCUUAUGAACCUCCCGCACCAUUCCCUCAGAGGUUAAUGAAGCCCAUGGAAGACCCAAACUUCAAGAAAUUUGUGAAUAUCUUCAAGCAACUUCAGAUUAACAUACCAUUGGCGGAGGCACUUGAACAGAUGCCUACAUAUGCUAAAUUCUUAAGGGAGUUGCUGACGCAAAUGGGCUGAUCUGGAGAAGGUAACCCUUACUUCUGAAUGUAGUGCUGUGAUUCAGAAUAAAUUACCAGAAAAGAGGGAUGAUCCGGGCAGCUUCACCAUUCCAUGUGUCAUUGGAGGUACAGAAUUCAAUAAAUCACUUUGUGAUCUUGGAGCAGGAAUUAAUUUGAUGCCAUACUCAGUCUACAAGAAAUUGGGAUUGGGAGAUUUUCUUAAGCCUACUCGGAUCACUCUCCAAUUGGCUGAUCGAUCAGUAAAAAUUCCAAAAGGGAGUGGUGGAGAAUGUAUUGGUGAAGGUGGGGAAGUUUAUUCUCCCUACAGAUUUUGUGAUUCAGGAGAUGGAAGAUGAUCGAUGAGUGCCUCUCAUUCUUGGUAGACCUUUUCUAACAACUGGAGAUGCACUCAUCGAUGUUGGGAGAGGCAAGCUGACAUUCCGAGUAGGUAAGGAGGAGGAAAUUUUUAAUGUCUUUCAAGUUGAUCAUAAUCACGAUGCAUUUGAUGACUUUGAAAGUGGAGCUCGAGAAAGGAAAAAUUCAUCUUCCUGUGAUAGUGGACCAUCCGAAGAACUAUCACCUAUCCUAUCUGCUCAGAUUCUGAAGUCAAAGCAAGGGCAGAAAUCCUUGCCAGGUCACCUCAAGUAUAGAUAUUUGGGUAAGGAUUUCAAUCUUCAUGUUAUUAUUCCUUCUUCACUGACAUUGAAACAGGAAGAGUACUUGCUUGAGGCGCUGCAAUACCACCUACGCCUCACUAAAGGGUCCAACAUGCAAGCUAAGAAGGUCAUACCCAACUUUCGCACACCUGGCCCUGCAGAGGUGACUCAUAUGCUGGAUGGAGGUUAUGCGUUCUAUCAUUGCUCGGGAGGGUAUGCUGGAUACCUUUCCAUACUCAUUGGUUGAAAGCUCCAUGAACGUCAGGCUGAGGACGUUAAACAAGCGCUUCUUGGGAGGCAACCCAAGGUAAGUUUUCUUUAUUUUUCUUUUUUGUUGUGUCAAACCCGUGCAUGUUUAGAUUAGGAGUUGAACAUUAGGGACAAUGUUCCAUCCUGAGUGUGGGGUGGUGAGUCUUAGUGUUGUUUGUCCCUGUUGCAUGUGGUAAAAAAAAAUCAAAAAAAAAAAAAUCAAAAAACAAAAUUGUUUGUUCCUUUUGUCAUGUGGUCGGUAAAAAAACAAAAAAUCCAAAAAAAAAACAAAAAAAUUGCCAUUAGGUUGAGCACAGCGAAACUGCAUGCAGUUUGCCUGUGUAAAAAGCAGUCUGCCUGUGUAAAAAGCAUGCUGCCCGUGCAAAACUAAUGGCUAAAAAACACCUAAAAAUCAGAAAAAUUUAAAACAAAACCUUGUACUCUUGUGGUAACAUGAUGUAAAUGACUGUGAUGCGUGUGAAAUGAGUUUGUGCUUGAAUGAAAUCAUCGAAAAUCACCCCACUAGUGUUGAAUUGCAUAGUUCUUCACAAUGAGCUUGAAUGUUUUGACUGACUUGAUAUGCUUUGAAUGAGCAACUCUUUUAGCAACAUUCUCUUUUGUAGGAUAGUGUAAUGACUUUUGGUGAAGUAGUUAGGUGGAGAACAUUGACCAUUCGACAUGUUUGGAUACUGUGCUUACUUGCAUCAAUUGUGAGCUUUUGAUUUUGCAAUGAGUCUCUCUGUUUUGAAUGUUUUAUGAUGGGGUGAACUGUAUCUUUAUAACAUGAGAAAACACUACCUGACAAGUAAAAUAUAAGAAAGUUGCCAUAACAAUUAAAGUGUGGGUAAAAAUGCCAAAAUCGUGUGAGACAAUCACUCAUUGCACAUGGGGAUGAGGAAAGAUUCAAUUGACAAUCGGUUCGCGACCGUACGAUGUUGCUUAUCAAGUACGAUUCCCCAGUUGAGUGAAGUGCCAUUUGAGGAUGCAAUGACCCUCCACACGGACCGAGGAUAAGGAGUUAAAAGAAGCCCUUAUGUGAGUGCUAAGAAGCAGAAAUUGCUCUUGCUCGGUCACCGGUAGUAAGAAACAGAUCCCACUUGU